GCACCCUCUGGCCGUCUCUGCCGCGGCGACGGCCUGGUCGGACUGUGCGCCUUGCGCAGGCGCGAAGCUUAGACCUCGCUGCAGCCCCCAUCGCCUCCGGGAGUCGCACCCGGGAGUCCUCCUGCUGGCGCGUCAGUGCUCUUCCCCUCGUCUGCCCUCCCCGGCCCCCCUAGCGCCCUUCGCGCCCCGAUGGCGGAGUUGCGGCCUAGCUGCGCCCCCGGCCCCGCCGCGCCCCCGGCCCCUGGCCCUACUGCCCCUCCGGCCUUCGCCUCGCUCUUCCCCCCGGGACUGCACGCCAUCUACGGAGAGUGCCGCCGCCUUUACCCUGACCAGCCGAACCCGCUCCAGGUUACCGCUAUCGUCAAGUACUGGUUGGGUGGCCCAGACCCCUUGGACUAUGUUAGCAUGUAUAGGAACGUGGGGAGCCCUUCUGCCAACAUCCCCGAGCACUGGCACUACAUCAGCUUCGGCCUAAGUGAUCUUUAUGGUGACAACAGAGUCCACGAAUUCACAGGAACAGAUGGACCUAGUGGUUUUGGCUUUGAGUUGACAUUUCGUCUGAAGAGAGAAACAGGGGAGUCUGCGCCCCCAACAUGGCCAGCAGAGCUAAUGCAAGGCUUGGCCCGAUAUGUGUUCCAGUCAGAGAACACCUUCUGCAGCGGGGACCACGUGUCUUGGCACAGCCCUUUGGAUAACAGUGAGUCGAGAAUUCAGCACAUGCUGUUGACAGAGGACCCGCAGAUGCAGCCCGUGCAGACACCCUUUGGGGUGGUUACCUUCCUCCAGAUUGUUGGUGUCUGCACCGAGGAGCUCCACGCAGCACAGCAGUGGAAUGGGCAAGGCAUCCUGGAGCUGCUGCGGACGGUACCUGUCGCUGGCGGCCCCUGGCUGAUAACUGACAUGCGACGGGGAGAGACCAUAUUUGAGAUCGAUCCACACCUGCAACAGGAGAGGGUUGACAAAGGCAUUGAGACAGACGGCUCCAACCUGAGUGGUGUCAGUGCCAAGUGUGCCUGGGAUGAUCUGAGCCGGCCCCCCGAGGACGACGAGGACAGCCGGAGCAUCUGCAUCGGCACGCAGCCCCGGCGGCUUUCUGGCAAAGACACGGAGCAGAUCCGGGAAACCCUGAGGAGAGGACUUGAGAUCAACAGCAAACCUGUCCUUCCUCCAAUCAACUCUCAGCGGCAGAAUGGCCUCACCCACGACCGGGCCCCGAGCCGCAAAGACAGCCUGGAAAGCGACAGCUCCACAGCCAUUAUUCCCCAUGAACUGAUCCGCACACGGCAGCUCGAGAGUGUACAUCUGAAAUUCAACCAGGAGUCAGGAGCCCUCAUUCCUCUGUGCCUAAGGGGCAGGCUCCUGCAUGGACGGCACUUUACAUAUAAAAGUAUCACAGGUGACAUGGCCAUCACCUUUGUCUCCACGGGAGUAGAAGGCGCCUUUGCCACUGAAGAGCACCCUUACGCAGCUCAUGGACCCUGGUUACAAAUUCUGUUGACUGAAGAGUUUGUAGAGAAAAUGUUGGAGGACUUAGAAGAUGUGACUUCUCCAGAGGAAUUCAAACUUCCCAAAGAGUACAGCUGGCCUGAGAAGAAGCUGAAAGUCUCCAUCCUGCCCGACAUGGUCUUCGACAGUCCACUACACUAGCCUGGGCUGGGCCCUACAGGGGCCAAGGGAGAGCCCAGCUGCUCCCCGGUGACUUCCAAUGUAACACCUGCGUGAACGAGCGUCCCACAGAUCAAAGGACAAGUGUGAGGAUGACUGCGCAGCCACCGCACCCACAGCCUGCUGGGAAGCCACGCGCAGGCCAUGGCCCCCAGCCUCACCUGCCGCUCAGGGGCCUCACCUCCUAGCUGGCCAAGCCACACGACCAGGCCCUGGUACCCCGGGCAAAUGCAAACCUUCCUCUUCUGCUGCUGCCACAGGUUCUGGUUUGAGAUUUGACUCUGGACCUCUGAUGUGCCCCUAGGUGGAGACCGGUCUCUGUCUAUCCUGCCCUCUGCCUCAUUCUCACCUGCCCUCUGCCUCCCAGCCCCGCAGGAGGAGGUAGAGUGGCUACACGCCUGCACUGCCCUGCCCAGCUCAGCUCUGGGAAGCCUUAGGUAGUCAAGCUCCUCUGGCCACGGAACAAUUCCUUCUAUUGUGUUUGGUUUUCUUCCUCCUUGUUUUAUUUUGUAGAAAUUGGAUGGUAUUUUAUUGUUCUUCAAAGAUGUCCAGAAGCCGUGUAUAUAAUGUUUGUAAACAGAACUUUAUUUCCACAUGAACUUUCUCAUUCUCUCAGACAAGGGCCUGGGGCCAUCUCCCCCUGAGCUGCCACCAGAGAAGGUGCCCGGGUUUGCCUGCCAACCGAGGGUCCCAGAGGAGCCAGCUUCACAGAGAGGCUUUUCUUCCCAGCUGGGCCUGGUGGAGCUGAGACACUCCCCCAUGCAGCCUUGAGCCCAGUUUAGCUGGGGCCAGGAAGGGCUGCUGCUACUUCCUAGGUGGACUGGGCCCCCACAAAGUUCAGUUCAUCAGGGUCUUCGAGACUUGGUGACCCUAGCCUUAUCCUGGAGGCGUUUUCCACCCAACCAAGCCUGCCUGAGAGAGAGAAGCCGAGCACCUCACAGACCGUCCCCACCUGCCACACAUGGCCUGGGUCUCCAGCUCUUUCACCACUCCUGUCCCAUUUCCUCAUCUUUGGGCCUCCCAGCCCCUAGGCUGCAGGACUCUGGCUUAUUAAAAACAGAAAAAUCAACCUCUCAACAUGUCUUUCCCUUUGGUUUUGCAAACACCACACUCUCCCACCCUUCCGUCCUCCCUGCAUCCAUUCAUUUCUCAUCUUUCAUUCUCCACCCCUCAUCCUGUCUCCUUUCCUACAUCCUAUCCUCUCAUGAUUGUUAGUCCCUCUCCCCAGUACUGCGAUCUCAUGGUCUUCCUAUCUCAUAGCCAGCCUAUCUCUGGCUCACAGUUUGGGGGCUCCUCUUGGGUUGUCUCCUACUUCUGACCAGGAGUCAACAAACCCCUCUCAUGCCCUCCUAUCCCAACUCUAGGAAUGGUUAUUACAAGAUCACCCUUCAGGUCCUUCCAAAGCAAAGUCCUUUUGUCUGUCAGGGACUACAUAGAACCUUGCCCUAUCCCCUCUCUGCACCCACCACACACACAUGGGAGGCCCAUGGGGUGCAGGACCCUUCUGAUGAAUGAUCUAGCCAGAGAGAGCUGCCUCCAGGGGCCAUGAGGGUAGUUUUUGGGCUCUCCAGGGAGCAGGAAUUGGACAUCAAAGGGGCCAUUAGGAUCUGACCCCUUUUCUGCACACACCCUCAGGGCUGCCUGAUUUACUUCAUCAAAUUCAGAGCUUUGAGGCACAUCAGGCUGACAUAUUGGGAGACACUCCCCCCCACACACACACAGUGAAGAUGGAAGCCCCUCUGGACCUGAUGUUGGCAGCAGCUGUGCCUUCUGCUCCAAGGACUUUUCCAGAAGGACGUUUCCUGGCCUUUGCCCACCACAGCAUCCCUGCCUUUAAAGCUCUUGUCUUCAAAGAUUUCAUGGCCAGAGAGGUGCCAUUAGCUUGCCUCCUUUGUUUACCAUCCUGACCUGCCUUUCCACAAAUUCAUUCUUUCUGGGGACCUGCCUUCACCUGCUUGGUUUGGCUUGAGGGGAGGAGGGUAUUUUCUGAGCUAAGCUUUGUUGUCAGCAUGGGAGGCAGAAAGGAAGCAGUUGAGCUCUAAGACAAUAAGCAUAUGAAGUCUGUGACCCCUUCCUGCCUCACCAGUGUCAGGAACCUCCAAGAUCCCACUGGGGCCAGACCUCCAUCUCUUUUCUUUUGAGCAGUGAUACCUUCCAGAGAUUCCUCAGCCAGGGAGGCUCUCCACUGAGCUUCUGCCUGGUGAGAGGGGACCCUCACUGGGGAUAAAGUGAGGCUGAUCCUGUGGCGUGCCCAGCACAGCACCUGGCACAUGGCGGGUGCUCACUAAGUAUACCCCUUCUUUCCCUCCCUGCAGCAUUUUGGGAGCCCUGACCUCAUAGUGAGUUGGGGAGGUAAGAAGCCUCCCUCCCUAAAUCUGCCUCUUCCUCAGACUUCCUUGAGGCCUGCCCAGUCCUACCCAAGAUCCCUUUGGUUGAAGCUUCUGAGAGGAAGGGGCUCCCAGACGCUGCUUGCCUGCAACACAAGGCAGACACCCCCGGCUCCUCAGGUCCAGUAUGGGCUGUGGGACCGCAGACCCAGCUGCCAUUCUGACGGGGUGGAGCAGCUCACUCAAGGUCUUAGGUCUGGCUGGGGAGCUGGUGCCUCUUCCUGCCCUUCUCUUCCUCUUCCAAAGGCAAGGCUCCAGGGCAGGGACUGGGAGGCCUUGAGGAGAGUCUAAAGGGCUAGUAUGUUCUUUAAAAUAAACACAGGGUCUUUGGACUGGGUUUGAGAUGGAAUUGAGAGCAGGGAAAAAACCUGAAGGUCGGUGCCCCUAUGGGGAGACCAGGAGAGAAUUCCCUUGUCUGUAUUUUUUUAUCUGGUUGUCAUUCCUCCCUGGCUUCCAGGUCCUCUGUGCCAGGUGAGGUACCUGGGUCCCUGUUAUAAAUCAGGAGCCCUGUAGAAAGAGCCCUCCUUUUGUACAAGUACCUGAAUGCUGCCAUGAGCAAACUUUUGUAAAAUUUUAUAUUAGUUUCUAAUGUCAAUGGUGACUUGGUUCCGGGGGGCUGCAACCAGCCUGGGACUUUUGUAAGAAUUUUUGGGUGACUCACUUAGAUGUCGUUUCCUUCUUGCCCCCUCUUCCUCUGUGUAAUCUAAGUGCAUUAAACAUAUUUGCAGAA